AUGCGGGGCGCGGGGGGAGCCGCGCCCUCGGCCCUGCCCCCGGCCCUGCGCGGCGGGAGAGCGGGGCGGCGGCGAGGCGGAACCGAACGGGGUAUCCGUGCCGACGGGACGGAGGGGUCGGCGCGAUUGGUGACGCGGGCCUCGGCGGGGCCGCCCCCCGACCUCUCCCCCCCGCGCCGAGGAUGGUGCCUUCGCCACUCUCCCCGAGACCCAAGCAUGCAGCAGCAGCUCCCGCCGUACGAGAUGCUGCCGGCGGAGGUGAAGAUGGACGAGUUGCCCCGGAGCACGACGGUGAUGGUGGAGGAGACGCAGCAGCAGCAGUCGCCGCCACCCCGGGACCACCUGGUGUGGUCCCUCUUCACCACCCUGUACGGCAAUUUCUGCUGCCUCGGCCUCCUGGCGUUCGUCUUCUCUGUCAAGUCCAGGGACCGCAAAGUGCUGGGUGACUACAGCGGGGCCCUGAGCUACGGCUCCACGGCCAAGUACCUGAACAUCACGGCCCUGGUGAUCAACAUCCUCAUCGUCAUCAUCGUCAUCGUCGUCGUCUCCCUGGCCGCCGCCGGGGUCUUAGGACGACCCCAGUACGGGUACGGCUACGGCCGCACUUAGUGCCCUCCUUGCCCCGCGGGCUGCGCUUCCCUCCCCGCCCGGGGUAGGAGCCGGGCAUGCCCGGGGAGUGCCCGGGGAGCGCCCUGCUGUCACCGAAACUGCAAACUGACAAUCUACGUGCCUCACCCGGAGCCUGCUGCUCUCCUGUCCCUCUUCCCUCCCCACUCGGAGCUUUUGUGGAGCCCUUGCUGAUGGCUGCCCUCGCUGGAGGCGUCCUGAGAUGGACCCUGCUCCCCAGAGAGCAGCUGAGCACCCCCAACCCUGCCACAGCCUGCUUGCUGCUUUGCUCUGGGCGUGGAACCCCAGCGGCCUCAAAACAAUUCUGAGAAGGAGCACCUGGCUCAGACAAACCCUGAUCCCUGAAAUAAAAAUUUAUUUCACUUUU